CUUUGAUUGGUAAAGCAAGUUACUUUUAUACAUUGUGACCAAUUUUUAAAGGUAAAAGCUAAGGUUGCACAUCGUGCACAGGAACAUCGACGAAAAGCUUUUAUAGCUGCACCGCGCGCCCAUAAAGCGCCAUACGUGCACUGGCGUCCCCAACAACGGUAUUUACAGCAAUCUCGUGUCAUUUGUUUGCACAUUAAUUCAGAAAUAUUGAACUCCGCAUAGGAGAUAGCUGAAAUGCAAGUUGCAGAAACUAUUAUACUGACUUAGCUGUAGCAGAUAUUACAAUGGGAAACGGGUGUAUGUCUAUAACGGCAGUGAAAACUGCCGAAGUAUCAGUGGUCAAAUACAAAUUGUUGGUUAUUGGAGACCCUGGGGUUGGAAAAUCUUCAAUUAUUGAACGCUACACAAAAAAUACAUUUCCUCAAAACUAUUCACCAACUAAAUUACUAAAUAUUGAAAGUGUUGUUCGAAAGUUAAGCGUUCCAGACCAAAGAAUUGUAACCGUUGAGUUAUGGAACAUACCAACAUCAGACACCCUUGAAGUCCGAAAAAAUUAUUACUUGGAUACAGAUGCUGUAAUAGUUGUGGUGGAUGUAUGCGAUGACGAUAUGCUAGAGCUUGCAACUCAGUGGAAACAAGAAGUUAUAGCUAACAUACGACAUACAAAACCAAGCGUUGGACCCAUGUUGACACCAGAAGUAAAUGGAACAGGGGUUGAAAACAUAAAGCCUAAAGCUGGAUCAAUACCCGUGCUACUACUUGGCAAUAAAUUUGAUGUUGCGAAAAGACGUUUUGUGCAUGAACAUAUAGCAUCAGAUGGGCUUGCUUCUAAAGUUACAUUCAGCCACAACAACAACAACAACAACAAUUCAACGUAUCAACAAGUUUCAACAGAUCCAGUUCCCCCUCAAAUAAACAUUAGUGAUGAAAAUGAUGAUAUGAAAUAUCACGUGAAUCAAAAUGGUGAUAUUCAUGAUGAAAGCGAUCAUAUGAUAGUUGAAAGUCAUGAAAAUGAGGGUAAGACUGUAGAGAAUCAUGAAGAUGAUGAUAUUCAUAAUGGUGAUAAAGUAAUCAUGGAUCAUGAUAUUGUGAAUGAGAAAUCACGUGAUGAACAUGAAAUAUCUAAUGAAAAUGGGGACAAACAUGAUGAAACUCAUGAAGCUGAGGGUAAAAGUCAUGAAAUUAGUGAAGAUCAUGAUAAAAAUCAUGAACUUACUGAAGAUCGUGAUAAAAUUCAUGAAAAAUCAGAUGAAAAUGAUAAAAACCAAAAUGAAAAUCACAUUAAUAAAACUCACGAAAAUGGUGAAAAGGAGAAAAUUAUCAACCAUGAAGAUGAUACUAAUCAUAUGAUAGAUGAUACUCAUGAAAGUGAUGUGAUCAUGAAGGAUGAUCAUGAAUUAUCGGGAGAAAAUCAUAAUGAAAAAG